AUGGGGAAAAGGAGAUACAUAUUGGAACCUUUGGGCAAACGAUUUGGAAAAACGGAUCUCGAUAGAAUAGGGUAUUUCCACGAUCCAUCCCCGGCACCCUUCGACAAGCAUCAGGGAAUUCCUGUGAAAUUUCGCGAAGGUAUUGAAAAAGGACCUCAAAUGCUGGCGGGGCCACCGAUUGAUCUAUUUGAGGAGAAAUUCGUGCGAAUUUUUGAUGGAGAGGCAUUGCACGAGCCGUGGCGCAUCGAAGCGAAAGAACAGUUGGAACGUGAUAAGGCAAAAAUCGGGGGAAUUCUAUUGCCACCCUCUCCUGCCAAGAAACAUUCCACGCCUGGCGAUUAUCAUGGAUGUUUCGAGAAAGUAACUUACUUCAGAACUGUGCCAGAAGAACGUAAAAAGGGAGGACGGAGACCCGAACUGCCGAACGUGAAGAUUAAACCCAAUCCUCUCGGUGGUCCAGGAUACGCCAACAUUUGUUUGAAUCCCUUUCCAUCGUAUUCCUACGAUCCUUAUGACCCGCCGCAAGAACGCGUAGUGCAACCGGGACGAUUUCUGAACGCCAGCGCGCCACUGGAUCAUUUUCCGCCGAAUCCUUACCAGGACAAGGAGUUUGGAUCUACUUACGUACGACCGGUUGAUCACGCGCCUAAAAUAAUAGGCCCUGGUAUUCUUUACGUUCCAUUCCCAAAGAAACCCGGUGGAAAUCACUCUGGUUGCUUCCACAAAUUCCCAUCGUAUUCUAGCGAGCCAUACGACAAAGCUAUCAAGGAAACGCGUAAGCCUGUUAGUAUGUUUGUCAGUGGCGGGCCAUCGCGGCGAACCAAGUAUACUGCUAGCAUAAUUGAUCAAGUUACCAGAACGUCUUGUAACGCGACGAAUUAUAUGGAUUAUAAGCCACAAGUUUAUCCCUUGAACAAAUAAGAAUUCUCACUUCGUCAUUUAUUAUUUUCAAGGGAUUUCAUUGGGAAACAAUAUUUUAUAACGCGCGUAUACUUUUCUAUAAUUUGUACACUUUUUAAUAAAACAGUGGUAUGAAUUAUCCAGUAGGCGGUGUAUCGAAUUUAAAACAUCGCUUUUCUGCGAAAGACGAAAGCUACGACUUGUCAUAUUUUGUCCUCUUCGAUUCAUUCAACUGUACUUUCAUUCACCGCUUACUUGCUCCACCCUCUCCUUUUAAACCAUUGAAACGCUAACGAAAAAGUUCUUAAGACGAACGAUUAUUACCUACCCUACGUUCUUCCUCUAAUACACACAUUUACAUCCUUAAUAGACCAACGAGAGCAAUUAUAUUGCUCGCCACUUCACUCGACUGCUCGCAACACUCGCGUGCUUUUCAGCUGAAGCAGCAGUGCAAAGGGAACAAUUACCGCGAGACCACUAAGAACACGUGUAACACGGUUACUCCCGGUUCUGUCCUUUCUUUUCUUUCUCUCUCUCUCUCUCUCUCUCUCUCUCUUUCGCUCCCUGUCUUCGUUAGUAUACGCGUUUAACAGCUUACACGCAUGCAAAUGGCGGGACAGUUGAAAACGGUGGACACGUGGUAAAUACGAAGACUGGGCUACGUGUCUACGUACAGGAGACGGCCCUUCCAAAGCGAAUCACUCCACCACGUCUGAACUUACUAAUGAAAUUCUAACGAACUUGCCAUGCCGCGGAGUCCACUUGCGGCAGUCUCAAUUAAACGUUCUUGGCAAACAUCGCGUACCAGCACGACAGCCUCGUUGCGUCACUUAAACGCUCGCUAACACGUUGCUAAGAUCAUGUGUUUCACUGUCUGUGAUUGUCUGUGGCUAAACUAACGCUUUCAUCAACUGUUGUUAUUCCCGCGAAUAAAACGACCCGAAAGCUAAAAUAUUCGUAACGAAUUACACUUUUGCUUCUAAGUGUCCAGCAUAUUACAAUUUCGGAGGGAAUACUGGCUUUUUCAGGUAAAUAAAUAUUUUAUAUUGUAACGUUAUUCUUUUGCGAUAUCGAAGCUUAGUUAAUUUUAUUUUCAAAUGACAGUCGAAUUUGUUAUAAUGUUGUCUCUCAGGAAAGUACGAGAAAUAGGCAUAGCGGAUAAUUGACGGAAAAUUAAGCGACGAACGACGAAAUCUCGCGAAGCAUCGAUGAUACGACGAGACGACGAGUCCACGACGCUAGCGAAACAAGAGCGAAACAAAUUUCCGUUGAUCCUUCCAGCCACGUACGCGAAAUCGCAUUAUGAAUACCGAUGGACCCGUGUUUUCCAACUUUUGUUCCUCUUGGUUCUUCUCUAUUUUUAUCUUUAUUUCGACGAGAAGAUAGAAAGAGAUACAUAAAACAUUUCGCCUUCGUUGUAUCGGGAGAUUAAUUCCGCUACAGGUACGAGAAGAUACGAGCAACGUAAUCUGAAACUUUCAUUAGCAAAUUUUGAACUACGUGUGAGGAAAUUGUAAUGACGGGAACAGCUGCUAAUAAAUAAGUCCCAAUAAGUGUACAGCAUUCGACGUGAUGUUAUGGAAGAACAUGCAAUGCGGCGUAUUAUAAGUAAUAAAAGUUAACACAACUAUACAUAUUGUAGUAUCGCGGACAAAUGGCCUAAGAAAUAUCGGGUGAACCAUAAACAAUGUCGCGAGAUGACCUAAGUGCUGACAGGCUCGUCAAUGUGUCGUUGGUUCUUCGGUCAAAUAAUUACGCGGAAAAAAGGUCUACCUGACCAUGGCUACGGGCGGUUGCGCAACACGUACGUGGUGGAAUUAUGAGAAAAGACAAAGGAAUGCUUAACACGUUGACUGCCACGACACCCGUAUCCUGGUGACAGGUGUGUACUUGCGAAGAAUCGUCGUAGGUAUUUGAAAAGAUAUUCCAGAGGAAAUAAUAAAACUAUUGAAUUGUUAUAAAAGUAAUACGAAAAUGGUUUAUUAAAAAAUUAUUUACUCGUAUUACUAAAAUAUCGAUGGGAGUACCCAGCAGAGAACGCUUGGUACUGCGGCACGUGUGGCCUGACGAAGAUUUCAGUGAAAACACGCGAGGCAGUCAACGCGUUAAGGGAGAAAGACGAAUUAACAGUCAGUCGUGAGUUGAGAAGUCAGAGAAUGUGGUCAGCGUUGUGAGA